AUGCCCACUGAAACAUCACCUCUCCUUUCAUCCCACUGCGAAAAUGGUACUUGUCCAGCCGACGGCGCAGUCCAGCAAAGUUCAGAAAGGAAGGGUCCAAAUCCCGAUGUCGCCAGAAGCGUCUGGUGGACAAUGCCUGCCCUGGCAAUCGGGAUAUUCCUCUCAGCAGCGGAUCAAACCCUUGUUGUUGCAUCGUAUGGGAAGAUUGGCAACGAGUUUUCUGCCUUGAAUCAGACAAGCUGGAUAGCUACUGCAUAUUUCCUCACGCUGACCGCUUUUCAGCCUCUCUACGGGAGGAUCAGCGAUCUAUUUGGGCGCAAGGCAGCGUUAUGUUUCUCCUUUGGCCUGUUCGCAGUGGGCUGCUUGUGGUGCGGCCUUGCUAGAUCAAUGAAAGACUUGAUUAUAGCUCGCGCCUUUACAGGCAUUGGAGGAGGUGGGAUGACCACGGUAGUAGCUAUAUUGCUCUCAGAUGUGGUACCCCUUCGAGAUCGUGGUACGUGGCAGGGAUAUAACAACAUUGUGUAUGCAUCGGGAGCAGGGUUGGGAGCUCCUCUAGGCGGUGCAUUAGCCGACACCUUGGGAUGGAGAUGGUCGUUCCUUUUGCAGGUCCCUGUGAGCAUGCUUGCGUUCUUGAACGUUCUAUUUGUUCUGCGAGAACGCCCUUUGGACCACCAUUGGAGACAAAAUCUAAAGCAGGUCGAUUUUCUGGGAGCUCUUCUCUUGGUAAUCGCCAUAUCGACGUUGUUUCUUGGUCUAGAUCGAGGAAGCAACGACUCCUGGGGAGAUCCGAUGGCAUACGGAAAUGUAGUCGCAUCCAUUGUCUUUUUCGGGCUAUUCCUCUUCAAUGAGGCCAAAACGACGUGUCAACCCUUUGCUCCACUGCAAAUUGUAUUUUCACGUCCCAUAUUGGCAUGCCUAUUGUGUAACUUCUUCGCGUUUGGCACGUAUAUAGCCUUGACAUACAAUCUCCCAUUGUAUUGGCAAGCCGUGGAGUCACUAUCCGCAACGGCAGCAGGAGUGCGUUUAUUGCCUGGUAUCCUUGCAAACGUUUGCGGUUCUCUCUUCGCAGGAUGGAUCAUGCGUCGAACAUGCCGCUACCGGUGGCUCACAAUUUGCUGCUACCUCAUGUUCCUGAUCGGAACUGUUCCCGUCAUACUUUUCACCGGCCUUGUUGGGGCAAGUAUAUGGGGUAUUUGGGUCGGAAUGGUUGUAUACGGGUUUGGUAAUGGUAUAGGGGGAACAAGCACACUGGUUGCUCUGAUUGCCAAUGCCGUGCCGGAAGACCAGGCAGUUGGAAUCGCGUGUCUCUAUCUCUUCCGGUCUCUAGGCUCCGGGAUUGGAGUCUCGAUUUCCGCAACAGUCAUACAGGCUCUUCUGAAAACAUACUUGUUUGAAAGGCUGCAUGGUAUCGGAGACGCCGAGGAGAUAGCUCGCAAAGUCAGGGAGAGCUUAAGCUAUAUUGACGAACUCUCUGAUGCAGCACUCCGGGAGGCGGUAAGAAUGUGUUAUGGCUGGGCAGUCCAGGCCAGCUUCUGGCUCAUGGGGGUAUUUGUAUGUGGAGCACUUCUUGGAGCAAUCCUGAUUCGGGAGGCGAAGCUAGGGGAAUAA